AUGGCUGCUGCAGAAGAAGUUCUGAAUCUGUUUGAUGUCUACUGGUUUGAAUUCGGAAUCUUCUCUGCAAAACCAGAGCCCUCUUCUUCUUCUUCUCCUUCUUCUUCAACCUUUGGACUAAAAUACCCAGUUGCAGAAAUCCAUGAAAAAGUUGAAGAACCAAAGCUCUCUCGCCUCCAAACCCUCCAUGUUAGAUCUCUCAGUGACCAUUGUCUCAGCUCAAGAGAUAGCUCAAACUCUCCAGACUCGGUCCUCCAGAUGCCAAAGCUCCAAACCAUACUUUCAGGCAAACAAGUUGAAGACUUCUCUGGGCCAAGAUCAACAGCCAUAGGAGGAGGAGGAGAAGAAGAGAGCAAGAACAGAGUGAAUGGAAGAAGAAGAAGAAAAAGAAGAACAACAAAGGGUAGUAGUAGGAGCCUGUCAGAGCUUGAAUUUGAGGAGCUAAAAGGGUUCAUGGAUCUGGGUUUUGUGUUCUCUGAAGAGGAUAAGAACUCAAGCCUGGGGUCCAUCAUUCCUGGGCUCCAAAGAUUGGGAAGGAAAGUUGAAGAAGUAAAGGUUGAAGUUGGUGACUUUGUUGCAGUUUCAAGGCCUUAUCUUUCAGAAGCAUGGGAAGUUUUGGAUCAGCCAAAGAUGGAGAACAGUAUUCCACUGCUGAACUGGAGAAUUGGAGCUCUUGGUAAUGAAGUGGACAUGAAAGAUCAUCUCAGAACUUGGGCUCAUACUGUGGCAUCUACUGUAAGAUGA